GCUUCUUUUCAUUCUCUCUCAAACCAAACCAAACCAAACCACCAUAUUCCUUCUCCUUUUUCACUACCCAUGUCCUCCCACCGUCCCGGUUCCGAUCUUUCUGCCUCCGUGUCGGCGAGAAGCCUCGGCGACAUCUCCCAACUCACUACCAUCCGAAUCGGCGUCGACAUUAUUUCGGCCGUCCGGCGGAAUCUCGCCUUUCUCAGAACCGUCCUCCAUUCCCACUGGCUCCACUCUGAGCCCACUCUCACUCAAGCCAUCAGAAGGUAUGAGGAGCUCUGGAUGCCGUUGAUUUCUGAUCUAACGGUUGAUGGGGCUUCUCCUCCGAUGAUUCUUCCUCCUUUGGAUGUUGAAUGGGUUUGGUUCUGUCACACGUUGAAUCCGGUUCGUUACAAACAUUACUGUGAGUCCAGAUUCUCUAAGCUUAUUGGGAAACCAUCGAUUUUUGAUGAAGAAAAUGAAGAAUAUGCAUAUAUGAGGUGCCAAGAGAUAUGGGUCAAGAGGUAUCCAACCCAGUCUUUUGAAAAUGAGGAAGAAUCCAGUUUCAGAGAUGAUAUUACUGUUGAAAAUCAGGAGCUUUUGGAGGAAGUGAUGAGGCAAAGGCACUUAUAUUCUAACUUUUUGGAGCCAUAUCAGUCCGAGAUCGUUUACCUUAUUGCAGCUAGACAAAGAUACAUGGGGUUUCUGUAUAUGUUGCAAAGGUUUUCUGAUGAAUGUUCUUCGUUUGUGCCUUCCUCUGAUAUUCUCCUCAUGUGGCUUACCCAUCAGAGUUAUCCAACAGUUUAUGCAGAAGAUGUAAAGGAGAUGCAGGGGGAGUUGGCAAAAGUGGUGAGAUUUGGGGAAACUGUGAAGCCGAAGGAACUGGAAGAAACCAAGAAACUAUGGCACAGAACUUUUGGGCAAUCUUACGAGAAAGCUGGAGGAGAGGUAAUCAUGGAAUUAGGCAGAGUUGUAACUUCUAAGCCUUUAGUUUACUGGGAAGUGUCCUUCUCGGAUGUCAACUCGAAGUACAAGUCCAUGACAUCUCGGUUCAUCCUCGAGGUUUCUGUGUUUAUGCGGCUCAAAGAUCAAAAACAGCCAUUGCAACAAGUUGCUUCUCGAGAAUUUCUUCGUCUACGCACUCUAAGAUGCCAUAAGGAAUUUAAGCUCAAACAACCAAUCUCGAGCCUCGACAAUGAUGUUUGGAUCAAAGCUUGGCAUCUCUAUUGUGAAUUUGGUACCAAGGGAGUUGUUAUCGAGCUUCGGCAUCCUGGUAGCCAUUGUUUCAAAGGAAGUAGCACUAAAGACACCACCACAUUCAAGUGGAAUGACUUGAUAAGAGCACCGUCUCUUACUUUAGAAAGACAAUUCGAUCAGAAUCUCAAGAUAGUUGCCUCAAUAACUCCACCCGUUCAAGCACCGUACUUGUUAAAAUGUGUGCCAGACAAAGUGACAGAUGAUUCGGGGGCAAUGGUUUCGGAUGUUGUUCUUAGAAUGAACCAAUACCGGCCUCAAGAAGGUCGGUGGCUAUCUCGAACUGUACUCGACCAUGGAGGGAGAGAGUGUUUUGUCAUUCGUUUAAGAGUUGGAGCGGGAUUUUGGAGGAGAGGAGGUGAAACUCCUUUGCCUGUGAAAUGGGAGGACCGAAUUAUCGAGAUUCGAGAAGGUUGUUGGUCCUAUAUUGCUGGCUCCAUCGGCAGAUGCCCGGAGAAAUUGGUGGGAACAGCAACACCAAAACAGCCACUAGAGGAAUGGAAAGCUGCUUGGAAUUUUUCAACUGGAGAUGAACUCAUAAUCCAAUGGGACACUUCAACACCAAAACCAGCCCUUACCUUUUCCUUAACAAAUCCAACUUCUUCAGAAUCAUCUGUAAGGCUUCUAAAAGGUCGCCAAAUGGUAUAUCGAGUACAGAGAGACAAUGGCAGAGAGGAGGAAGAAGAGGAAGGCGGAGAUGGAAAUGGGUUUGUAACGGUGAUUCGAUAUACCAAUGAGGACCCAACUGGAAGAGCAACAGCUCUUCUAAACUGGAAGUUGCUGGUGAUCGAGUUGUUGCCUGAGGAGGACGCUGUGUUGGCUCUCCUUCUCUGUGUCUCGAUCCUCAAAAGCGUGUCGGAAAUGAAGAAAGAAGAUGUUGGGAAGUUGUUGAUCCGAAGGAGAUUGAGGGAGACAACAAUUGGCCUUAGAGAUUGGGGCUCCAUAAUGCUUCACCCAUCUUCGUCGCCUUAUCUUCAACCGUGGUAUUGGAAUGCCGAGACCGUGAUGGCAUCGAACAACAUCGACCACCUCUCAAGACAGCGUGCAUCAAGCUACUUGCCCGUGGAGGGUGGAGAUAAGCUGUACAAGCAAGGAAUAAUAUCAUAGAAUGAUAAAAAAUGAGGAAACAACAUGUUUUGUUGCUCACUCAUUUUUCCUUUCUUUGCUCUAUAAAUUAAGUACAUCAAGGUGUGUUUGUACAGCUAUUUUUUUAGUUUCAAUUUUAUUGUCUGUAAAAAUGAUUAAUCAUUAGCUCCACCCUCCCGGCUUGCUCGAACAUAUCAAUUGAUACUGACACACGUUUCAUUCA